UAGUGUCGUUUUGUCCGGGUGCGUGUUUGCCUUUUCGUGGUUGCACCCAUAGCAUUAGUUAGUUUACGUCGAGGACAGAAGUAAGAGUUUAUAAUGUGUAUUUUAUGACUAUUCUAUGCAAAAAGAAAACGUUGCAUUUUCUUUUUUAGUUCAUUUUGCCUUGCUUUAAUUUAGUGUGACAUUAGUAGUUAUUUUUUAUACAAGUAUAAAUUAAAACAAAAUACAAAUCAACAUGAAGGUGCUAAGACUCUCAACACAUCCGCCCUCUGUGGCUUAUUCCAUGACUACACUGGGAUCCAGCAUGAUGAACAGCAUUUUUAGUUUUUAUUAUGUCAAGCUGUUUCUCAACAAGUACAAUAUAUCAGAAGGAGCUUUCCACAAAGCCCAGGUGGUGUAUAUGAUCUGGAAUGCUCUGAACGACCCGCUCUUCGGCUACCUGCAGGACAACUCUCGUGUUCCCUGUUGCUCCAUGAGAAGGAUCUCAAUCCUGUACGGUGCUCCUUUCUAUGGCCUGGCUUUCCUGCUGGCCUGGUUCCCCUGGCGGGAAUACGAGUCGGGGGACUGGCUAAGCGGCAUGCACCUGGUCAUCACGCUGUGCGCCUUUGACGGCAUGCUGACUUUCGUGCUACUGGCGCAGUGCGCCCUCUUCGCCGAGAUCUCCGAGAACCACCAGAUCCGUCUGAGGCUCAUAAAGUACAGCCAGGUGGCGUCUCUCGUCGGCUCCUCCAGCGUGCUCUUCUGUGGCCUUGUCUCUAACAACAUGGACAACUUCUUCGCCUUCCAGGUGUUCUGCGUUUGUGUGGCGCUGUUGGGAUGUGCCUGCAUGGUCUACACGGGCCUGCGCAGCGAGAGCCGCUUUGACACAAAGAUCGCAGAGACGAGCACGCAGCAGAAGCCUCCUCUGUCGUUCUCCGCCGUGGCUACCAUGACGUGGCAGAUCCUCACCAACCGUGACUUCCAGCUGUUUGUGCUUAUGAACUUUUUCCAGGUCUUUCUACUGGCCUUCUUUAACAACUUUGCCAUGAUCUUCGCUGACAAUCUCAUCCCAACGGACGCCCUGCCACAGCUGGCGAAGAGCAUCAUGUAUGGAGCUGGAUUUAUAUGCCCUCAGCUACUGGUUUUGUGCAGUCAGAACCUCCUCCAUGGGAUCGGGUAUUACCGCAUCAUCCUCAUCACCUUUGCCAUGGAAGCAGGAGGCGCCUUGGUGAUGGUGUUGCUUGGGUCGGAACACUACUACUGCCUCGCUCUGUUCAUCACCAUCAACAUGAUUUUGGUCCAGGCUGCUUUUAGCCUCUUUAACCUGCCGCUGGCUGACAUCAUUGACUCAGACUUGCAGAAAUACAAGCGCAGCUCCCCGCUCUCGUCAAUGGUUUUUGGGACCAACGCUCUCUUCACCAAACCUGCCCAGUCUUUAGCCCCGAUGCUGGUGGUCUCCAUUUUGAACCAGUACGGCUACGAGAGCAUGAAAAGCGGGAAUGUGACCGAUCAGAGUGCACUGGAAGCUCUCCACAGCGUCAUGUUCUACAUGGUCUGCUUGGUGCCGUUGUGCAUCACCGUUCUGCAGUUCCUCUUCUGGAAGCCGUUCUCGGUCAGAGACAGUCACACAACGGACUCAAAGAAAAGGAGCUAGGUGGUACUAAGGGUACUGUGGUUAAGAUUCUCCCCUGUGGACAGGAGGGUGUGAGAUUUAAUCUCAGCACUGGGAGUAAACCAGUCCUCGAGAAGACACAGCGUGAACACUGAACUGCCCAGCUUUCCGCCUGGAUACAAUCUUAACUAGCUUUUUAGUAGUCUUUUAUUUUUAGUUUUUAGUUGUUGUUGUUUUUUUUAUCUUAAUAGCAGAUGCUAUAUUUAGGCAGCGGUAUGUGAUGUAAUGCUAAUUGUAACAUUGAUGUCACAUGAGUUCUAGUUUCUUCUGCACAGUGGUUUACAAAAUAAUGUUUUUUUUUUCUCUCUUUUUUUUACACCCAAUGAGCAUCAUUUAUCAAGUUGAAAAUUAUGAAAAUAUUUAAUUCAGUAGCUAAUGAAAGAAACAUUCUGCCAUAUUUCUUCGUACUCAUGUGUGUAUCUGUGUAUAUAUUAAUCAGUACCAAAUAUGUAUAAAAUUACCAGAUUACAGUAAGACACACCCACAGUCAGACAAAAGGACAGGUUAGAACUGUCAAAAUGAUGACUACAGCAAAAGCUUAGCUUAAGAAAGAGUACUAGCUAACUGUCAUAGCUACACACACUCACUAGAGACAACAACGAUUCCUGAUACUUCCUCCUAAGCUUUAUUUUUCUUUGUAAACUACAUUUGUAUGUAGACUACAUUUAUGGGUAAAGUUGCCAUGAGUGAGGAACUCAAGAUACACCCAGACCACACACACAUACACGCACACACACAGUUGGACUGGUCUGAGGAAAUAAUCCGAGCCUGGUGUUUGUAUUUCAUGCCUUACCUUUUUGUAGAAUUGAGAAAAUCUAACUUCAAAUCUUUCUAAAUAAAUAAAGCCCAUGAAGUGCUGCAGUGCCUGAGCUGCAUUUAGCAACUUUUUAGCAAAUUUAACGAUUUAGCAUGUAACGUUUUUCAGCUUUUAUUAGGGGCCAUUACUUUUGUUCUGCUUGAAUUGUUAAUCUUAUUUGUCUUAAUUUAUGGAUUUACAAUUAAACCUGCUUAGAUCCAGCUUAACAAAUAGGGUCUGAGAUGUUUUCUAGACGUCACAUUUUUGUAACAUGACAUUUAAUGCAACAUCGAUAUUUGAGGGAACAAAUGUAUUUUUUGCUAGAAUGUGUGAAAAUAAACCUUUAC